GAGCCAGGAGCUGGGCGCGCCCCUCUUCGGCCUGCAGUAGGUGGCCGCCGCGGCACCUAGCUGGGAAGAGGGCGCGCGGCGGUAGCGCCCAGGGGUAACCGGGACCGGGGGGCCUGCGUGCGCUCAGGUCCCCGGCCACGCCGAGGCCCCGUACUGGGCCGGACGAAGGCGAGUGGGGUCAUGGGGGAGGCGCCCGGCUCAGCGCCCGCGCCGGCGCUCGGGGACUGGGGCUACCUGGACCGCUGCUUCGCCCGCCACCGCGUCUGCAUCUCCUUCGGCCUGUGGAUCUGCGCCGCCUCCUGCUGGAUCGCCGCCCACGCGCUGCUUCUGUACCUGAGAUGUGUGAAGAAUUCCGGACGGGACCAGUCGGCGCUGUGUGCUGCCUGCUGCCUCCUGACCAGUCUGUGUGACGCAGUUGGGGCGAUUCUGGCCAAACAGCUCCCCAUCCAGGUUUUCACUGGUGCCUACCUAGCAGCGGUUGACUUGGUGAACUUUAUGUUCAUUCUCUUCCCGGUCUGCGGCUCCCAAUCCAGUUCUCGUCCUGGUAGGGGCGCCCAGGAGCAGAAGAGGAGGAGGCGGCUUGGGGCCCGUGUGUCUGCUCUGGCCCUGCCUCUGAGCCUGGGUCCGGGCUGGGCUCUCUGGGUCGCCCUUCCGAGGGCUCCAGGUCCCAUCCGUGGGCCACAGCGGAGGCUUCUGGGAAGCUUGCUGCAGGACAAUACGGAAAUCCUUGGCUACCUGCUGGGUAGCAUCGCUGCCCUUGGCUCCUGGGCUUCCCGGAUCCCCCCACUCUCCAGAAUUUGCCGGGGUAAGGCGUUUCCCGCCAUCCACCUGUGGACCCUGCUGCUGUCGGCCCUGGCUGGCCUCCUCUAUGCCUCGGCCAUCGUGGCCCAUGACCGGCACCCUGAGUACCUGCUUCGGGCCACACCCUGGUUCCUGACCUCCCUCGGCCGUGCUGCACUGGACCUUGCUAUCAUCCUCCUUUCCUGGGUGAUGAAGAGCAAGGUGAGACGGGCCUUGGGGUUUGCUUCUGGAACCAGAGAGAGCCCUGACACCCAAGCCCUUUUGACAUGUGCAGAGAAUGAGGAAGAACAUCCCGAGGCGAGCAAUGAGCAUUCAGAUUGGGUGCCUCUCACCACACUACCGCACUGCAAGCCACUCAGGACAAUGGCAGCCAUCAGUCGCUACUUGGAGCUGACCAUUGAACCUGUGCAGCAGGCCAGAUGCGGUGCCACCAGGCUGCCUGGCGACGGACAGAGGAGCGCAGGAGACACGCCCCUGCAGGAGCCCCCCUCCUACCCUCCCAUUCAGGUCAUCCGGGCCCGCGUGUCCUCCAGCAGUGACUCCGAGGCCUCCUCCAUCAACUCCGACCUUGAGCAGAAGUAUUGGGAAGCCCUAAACUCGGAACAGUGGGACUGUGAAGAUGUAAAUCUUGAAAUGAACAAAGCAACAUAGAGAUACUCAGAUCCCAGGUGCAGAGGUUCUCCAUGAGGUCAGUGGACUUGACCUCCAAUGAGUAAUGCCUUCUGGAGCCAGCCCAUCAACUUAAAGCCCAAGGUCAAGCAUUUGUCAAGGACUGAGCAGGGAUCAACCUGCAGUGACACCAUGUCAGAAAUUUAAGUCUCUGCAGAGGCUGCCCAUGAGAGUGAGAAACUACAAGUUGUCACUGAGUUUGGCUGGUCUGCGUCAUGCCUCAAAAUGUAACUAAGACUUUGCAUUGUGUGGACAAACAUGGACAUGCCAAGUUGGUCCAGAGAUUAAAAGUCCACAUACCACUCUUGGUUUAUAAAACA